AUGGCACAGUCCCAAACCAGUCCAGUUAUCAAGCUCCAUUGGCAAGUCGAGAACCGAAAACAGCUCAAUGGGUCGCGCGCACAAAGCAUCCUCUGGCUGCUCGAGGAGCUCGAGGUCCCGUAUGAGCUGGAGAUCUACCAUCGGGGCCCGGACAUGCUUGCACCUCCCGAGCUGACCAAAAUUCACCCCUUGGGCAAGUCUCCGGUCAUUACCAUUGAGACGCCCGGCUCCGGCAACCCUCCUUUGGUGCUUGCCGAGACGGGCUUCAUCACGCAGUACAUGACCGAGCAUUUUGGCAAUGACAAGAAGCUCGUCCCCAAGCGCUGGAAGGAAGGCUCAGAAGGUCAACUCGGCGGCGAGACUGAGGAGUACUUGAGGUGCCAGCACUUGCUUCAUUACGUCGAGGGCAGCUUUAUGCCCUACAUGUUGAUCAAUCUCGUUCUGAAUGGCUUAAGAGGCUCGCGCGUGCCCUUCCUCGUGCGGCCCAUCACAAACGCAGUCGCCAACAAGGUAACCGACUUCCUGAUUUUUCCAAACAUGAAGAAACACUUUACCUUUUUGGAAAAGCAACUCGAGACUUCAGGUGGCGAUUACCUAUGCGGUCCAAACCUCACCGCCGGCGACAUAGCCAUGUCUUUUGUCCUCCUGGUGAACAAGCCAGCGUACCCCAAGCUCGGCAACUGGAAGCCCGACCAGGAGUACCCCAGGUUGUGGGCGUACAUGUCGCGUCUGGAGACAUCAGAGGGCUGGCUGCGGAGUAUCGAGAAGAUCAAGAGCAUCGAGGGCUCGUUCGCGCUUGCUCCCGGCGCAAGGCAAUAA